AUGUUCCUCCUCUCGCCCACGCUCCUUUUCCUCUUCUCCCUGCUCUCCCUCGCGCACGGCCAAGACACCGACACCUGCGACCCCGCGCACAACGGGCUGCGCACGGGCACCCUCCAGUACUCCUCGGACUGCAAUGCGACGACGUGGUGCAACAACGGCAAGUGCGACCCCAAGGGCUGCAGGAAGGAUGAGUUCCCGCUCGGAUGGCCCGACAGCAUCGAUCUGCCGACCCGCUGCAACUCGAGCUCGUUCUGCCCCGACGAGGGCUCCGAGUGUCUCCUCAAGAUGCCCGUCGGGAGUGCGUGCCAGUUUGAUCGCGACGACGAGUGUCUCGCCCCGGACAACUUCAAGGAGCUCAGAGACCAGUCUGCGCGCGGCUUGAACGUGAACGGCUCCAUAUGUCUUAACUUUGUGUGCACAUUCGCCAACGUGACCGUGGGACAGGCCUGCGAGGUGGAAAACACCGGGUUCACAGCCUACGGCACGGACGGCACAGAAUUCAUCGACAUCGUGUCCAGAGAUAAUUGUCGGAUCGGGCUGUACUGUGACUCGCAACAGAAGGUCUGCAUCCAGCAGAAAGCACUCGCCGUCAGCUGCUCUGCCGACAAAGAGUGUCUGUCCUACAACUGCCUCGCCUCCGGCGUAUGCGGCAAAGACCCACGCGAGCCACAUCACGUCGGCGUGUGGGUGUACGUCGUGAUCGCCAUCGGCAUAUUUGGAGGUAUGUUUGGGACGCUGUUUGCGCUGUUCUUCUUCCACGGCCGCCAGCGCGACACGGAGCGUGAGAAGCGUCUUCAAUACUGGCGCGAGCAGAACGCCUUCCGCCAAAAUAUCCUCCAGAUGCGCGACACCGCACGCGCGUCGAUCUUCUCCUCGGGCGCGGCCGGGAGCCCGCGGAGCACGAUGUACAGCCGCGACGGGGGCGAUGACUUGCAGGCGCCGCUCGUGCAGCACGGCGCGCCGACCAAGAGCAGCGGGCUGCGGAACUACGUGUCGGACGACGGCUCGUACGAGCAGGGGAACGAGAACGAGGAGCUCGUGAUGAGCACGCCGUAUACCCACGAUCGCAAGUUCUGA